CUUUGUAAGAAACACCAUUUUGGCAUCAACAAACCGGAGAAGAUCACGGCAUCUCCUGAUGACUCAAAGUUCCUCCUCAAGACGCUGACACAGAUUAAAUCCAAUGUGUCUGCUCCCAAUAAGAAGAGGGUAAAAGAAAAUAAGGAAAAGGAGAAACUUGAGAGGCGGUUAUUGGAUGAGUUAUUCAAGAUGUUUAUGGAUUCCGACUCUUUUUACUACAGCCGAACCUAUGACCUGACCAACUCAGUGCAGCGGCAGAGCGCAAGCGAAACUCCAGAGCUCGCACUGUGGAGGAGGGUGGAUGAACGCUUCUUCUGGAACAGACAUAUGCUGCAGGACUUGAUCGAGCUUCAGGAUGAACAUGGAGGCCUCUGGAUCCUGCCGGUCAUUCAAGGCUUUGUACAAAUUGAGGAGCUUGUUGUGAACUACAAUGAGUCUUCAGAUGAUGAAAAGAGCAGCCCAGAGAGCCCCGGGCCCCAGGAGACCACCUGUGUUGAUGAUGUUCACCCCCAAUUCCUGGUGGCGUUGAUAUCACGGCGGAGCCGUCACCGAGCAGGAAUGAGAUAUAAACGUCGUGGAGUGGAUAAGGAUGGAAACGUUGCGAACUAUGUGGAAACAGAACAGUUCAUCCAUGUCCACAAUCACACGCUGUCCUUUGUGCAGACGCGGGGCUCAGUGCCCGUCUUCUGGAGCCAAGUAGGAUAUCGCUACAAUCCCCGGCCGCGCCUUGAUAAGGGUGAGUGGAGCGACCCUCAUUAACUAUUGCAUUGUCGG